CGCGAAUUCGUCAGUCAGUCGUGCCGUUCAAACCCGGUUGAGCUGUACGCGUGUUGCCGUUGAUCGACGCCGCAUCCGCUGUCGUCGUAUUCGUAUUUUCAAUAUCGGUUAUAAUAUUAAUUAAUAUAUUAUUAUAAAAAUAAUUUUAGACGAGGAAAUGUACCAAAAUUCCAACUGUUGAUUACGCGAGUUUUUCGUCCGUCGGGUGUGCGGUCAUUUUUUCCAAAUUCGAUAAAUUAUUGUUUUCACGCGUGUUUUUGAGUUUAGUUCCGGAAACGUAGUAGUAAAAAUAUAAAAGUACGUGUAUUAUAUUUUAAUAAUAAUAUAUAUACGUCGCCGUGUCGCGGGCGGUCGCGCUAGUGUCUACAACAGUUUCCGAUCGUGUUUCCGCGCAUCACCGUGCAUAAUAUACAUUAUUAUACACAUAAUAUUAAAUAAUUAGGAGAUACCUUUAAGUCCGUCGUCAAGCCGCCCACACCUCCGAGCCCGACAUGCGGAGGUUUUUGUUGGCGGUAAUCGUGUUGUCGGCGCACCGUCGGUGGGACGGAUGCGCCUACCCGACGUCUGCGGAGUCAGCUGCAGACGGGGAAUGCCGCGUGGCCGUACAGCGGUUCCGAUCAGUCGGCCUGUACGACACGCCGACGUCGCGGAUCGACCAAGGAGACAAUCUGAAAGUGUGUCAGUCGAGGAAGAGCUGUUGCAACGCCGCCACCGAGGCUCGGUUGAUCGACAUGGUGGACAGCGAAUACAAGAAACACCUGGCCGCUCAGGCCGGCUACGUUUAUGACCUGCUCAAUUCCACCGCCCAUCACUUGCAAGAUCACAUGACGCACAUGAUCCGGAAGUCCAAGAGCAAAACGGUCCGGGUGCUGGCGGACGUGUACGCUAGCAUCGAAGGACCGGCCGCGGGUCCGUUGGACGCGUUCUACGGGCGGCUGUCGCGGUACGUGCACGAGGACCCGGAAACGACCCCGGCGACGAGCCUGGAGGACGCGACUUCCCGGCUGUUCGCCGACUUGUUUCCGGUCGUCUACCGGACGGUGGCCGCGGCGGCUGACAGACCGGACGGCGGCGCCACCGAGUUCGACGAAGAUUACGUUCAGUGUCUAACUGGCAAAUCGUUCGAUGUCAAACCGUUCGGCGACGUGCCCUACACGCUGGCCAAGGACAUUUCCAGGACGUUCGCCGCCACCAAUGUACUCGUACACGCACUAAGAUACGGUGGCCAACUAGUGGAUGAAGAGCACUCCCGGUCGUGGCUGGGCUACGGAAACACGGAACAGUGUUCGGCGGCGUUGACCCGGAUGAGACAGUGCUCGUGGUGCGACGGAAAGGACGCGAAACCGUGUCACGGGCUGUGCGUGAACGUGAUCCGCGGGUGUCUGGCCAGGGAGACGGCGCACCUGGACGCGCCGUGGACCGGAUACUACGAGGCCGUCGACCGGCUGGUGUCGGCCAUCAACAAUGGUCAGUCGUCGGUGUGUCUGGAGGACCUGCUCAGAUCCCUGCACUCGAGGAUAUCCGAAGCCAUCAUGUACGCGAUGAACCACGCUUCCGAUAUACAAAACAACGUGAAAUACUUUUGCGGUCCCGCAAGGUGGAACACUCGUGCCCCGGCUACAGCUUCAUCAUCGGGCGCAGCCAAGACGCCAGAGAGCCAGGAAGUGUGGAACGUCGAAGAAGAGGACCUCAGCACCGCACUGCUCACAUCCAAGUUGACCAAGUUUUCUGACCCGGAAACCGCGGUCAGGGUACGGGGACUGUUCUCAGACAUGGCACGGUCCAUGUGCACAAACUACACGACGACAGACUGCUGGAACGGCCGAUCUGUGGGAGAAUAUACGGACAACGUCGUCGGGCCGUUGUUGAGCGCGCAAAUGUACAACCCGGAAUUCGAUUGGACGGCUUCCAUCAACUCCCAAGACAACAAAGUGGCGGAAGUCAUCGACAAGCUCAGGCACAUCAGACAAAUGGUGUUGAAUCAAUUGAGUUCGAGUCCACAAUCGGACUCAUUCAUGGCCGACGAGGCCGAAGGGUCCGGCGAAGGCAGUGGCACCGGCAAGGGCGGUAACUCGGGCUGGGACGACGACGACGACAACGCAGACUACUCAUCGGGUGAUGGUUCCGGCGAGAACCCGAUAACCACUCAGUUGCCUAACGCCGAUGAUUCACAAUUCAAACCGACUGAUAAAUCGGGACCGAAAUCGGGACCGGACGUAGUGAUAAACGCCAACGAACCUUCGGGCGCCACACCGUCUACACGACUGCACGCACCCCUAUUGAUAACGGUGUGCUUGAUGGUCAUCCCCGUGUUGCAGCAGCUGCAGACGAGGAUAUAUUUUUAAACGUACUUUUUAUUUUUUGUUUUUGUCGCGUUAAGUUAUUAUUAUAUUGUUGUUAAAAGAAACUUUGUUCUUGGAUUUACUCGGCUUUUCUUUAGGGUACCUUUUCGAAAAAAUAUAUAUAUAUGUACAAUUUAUAACACUUCUGGACACAAUUAAUCGUUUAAUUAUUUUAAACUUUUCUUUUUUCCAAAAUGAGACUAUUUUUUUAAUUUGUCGUCAUUAUAUAUUUGUUUUUUUUUUACGUCCUUUAGACUGAUAAAAUUUGUAUUCAUAUGAUAUUAUUUAUGUGUAAAAUGUUCUCUGUAGCCUAUAUGUGUUUAUAUAUAUUUGUUGUCGAAAACCAAGCGCAAUAAUUUGUAAUAACAAUCGUUAAUAUAAUAUUAUAUAUAUAUAUAUUAUAUACCAUUAGGCUUAUAUUAUACUAAUACGUAAUAACCCAAUUUUUAACUUUGUCUCUUAACGGUUUAUUUGUUGUUCUCGAGCAAUAAUAAUACAUAAUAAUUAUUUAUAUUUUAAAAUAAUGUAAACUUACGAAAAAAAAAAACAAUGUAAAUAUUUGUUUAGUCUAGUUUUGAACACUUAUCCGUAAUAAUCUAUAAAUAUAUUAUAUUGUUAAGCUCUACACGCGUUUAUUUGACGGAAAAUUUUGUAUUUUCACUAGUUCCGCAUUUUUUAUUUGUCAUUUUGUUUUUACUUUUCUCACUCGUGACGAUACGAUUUUUUUUUAGUCGAGCGGGGGAACGCACAAAAAAGGCCGACUCCACGGCAUAAUUUUCACGCUAUUAUAAGUCAUACGUAGGUGUACUAUUGUCUAAAAUAAUAUUUCGACACACGAACAAAAUUUAAUUUAAUAAUAAUAAUACUAUAAUAUAAAGUAGCUUAUGUGUAGUGCAUAGGUAAUAUUAUAUUAUAAUAUAUAGGCUAUUAUUUAUUAACGUUGUAAUUUUGUCAUCGUCGUUUCAAGAUGGAAUCGGAUUUUCGAUAGAAAAAAAAUAAAAAAUAUGAGCGAGUGAGAGAGGGAAAUUAAAAAUAACAACCCUCGAAAAACGUAGGUAUAUGACGUAAGAACGAGCCGACAUAAUAUUUCUUAUUAUAUAUAUAUAUAUAUGAUAUUGUUUAUUUAUUUAUUUUUUAAAUUAUUAUUAUUAUCAGAGACACGUUUUUUUGUCUAACGCGUUUUUUUUUUACCGUGAGACGUAAUAUAUAUGAUAUCGUGUGAAUGCACCUAUGAUGUGUGCAACAUAAUAUAUACUGCAGAAGACCCUGCGACACCGAUAACGGGAUUGUGGGCACUGCACGCGAGUGUGGUCGUCAUCGGAUAUUCCUUUUGGGCUUCCAGCGGGUGAAAGAGAUUGCUUGCUAAAUAAAAAAAUUAAAUAUCCUAUAUUUUUCGACGUUAAACGUAAUAAUACAUUUCAAUAAUAAUAUAAUAUAGAAGAAUUGGAUAAAUUUAUUAGGGAAUUGUGUUGUUUUGUAUGAAAGUUUUGUUGGAGAAAAAAAUUAUUAUAUAAUGAUUAGCAGAAACUUAUUAUUAUUAUUAUUUACAAUGUUUUCACGUAUGUAUUGGAUUAGUUGUAUUUUAUUUUUAUUAUUAUUAUUUUUUUUUUCAUUUUGAUGACUGUGAUUUGUAUAGUUAAGUAGGCAAAUUUAAAAAUUAUUAUUAUAUAAAUUGACUUUAAUGUUUAUUCAUGCUAAUAUAAUAAAAUAUAUACUGUAUAGUUAUAA